AGGGGAAAGAAAAGAUGUUACCUCGGUUAAGAGUAGUUGCCAGUCCUUGUAAUUUGGUAUGUCGUCAUUUGCACAGAAAAGAGAAAGGCAAGCCACUUAUGUUGAACCCAAGAACAAACAAGAUUAUUCUAACUGCACUUUGGAGGAAAAGGAAUAGAAGGGGCCUAUUAAUAUCUGCCUGGCAUGCUUAUCUGCACAUUCAAGAGUCUAGUUAAGGGAUUUUUAUCAAUAUUGACUUAUGUGGAGAAACAGCAUGUGACUAAAGGAGAAUAGCUCAGAGGAUCUUUCAGGAUCAGCUGAAGGAGGGAAUGGCAUUUACAUUACAGGAACGACAAAUGCUUGGCCUUCAAGGACUUCUACCUCCCAAAAUAGAGACACAAGAUAUUCAAGCCUUACGAUUCAAAAGAAACUUGAAAAAAAUGACUGACCCUUUGGAAAAAUACAUCUAUAUAAUGGGAAUUCAGGAAAGAAACGAGAAGUUGUUUUAUAGAAUACUGGAAGAUGAUAUUGAAAGUCUAAUGCCAAUUGUAUAUACACCAACAGUUGGUCUUGCCUGCUGCCAGUAUGGAAACAUCUUUAGAAGACCUAAGGGAUUAUUUAUUUCAAUCUCAGACAGAGGCCAUAUUAAAUCAAUUGUGGAUAACUGGCCAGAAAAUGAUGUUAAGGCUGUUGUGGUGACUGAUGGAGAGAGAAUUCUGGGUCUUGGAGAUCUGGGUGUCUAUGGAAUGGGAAUUCCAGUAGGAAAACUUUGUUUGUAUACAGCUUGUGCAGGAAUACGGCCUGAUAAAUGCCUGCCUGUGUGUAUUGACGUGGGAACUGAUAAUCCAGCACUCUUAAAAGAUCCAUUUUACUUGGGCUUGUAUCAGAAAAGAGAUCGCUCACAACGUUAUGAUGAUUUGAUUGAUGAGUUUAUGAAAGCCAUUACGGACAGAUAUGGCCGGAACACACUUAUUCAGUUUGAAGACUUUGGAAAUCAUAACGCAUUCAGGUUCUUGAGAAAAUAUCGAGAAAAAUAUUGUACCUUCAAUGAUGAUAUUCAAGGGACAGCUGCAGUGGCUCUAGCAGGUCUUCUUGCAGUACAAAAAGUUAUUGGUAAACCAAUCUCAGAACACAAAAUCUUAUUUCUUGGAGCAGGAGAGGCUGCUCUUGGAAUUGCAAACCUUAUAGUUAUGUCUAUGGUGGAAAAUGGCCUCUCAGAAGAUGAGGCACAAAAGAAAAUCUGGAUGUUUGACAAGUUUGGUUUAUUAGUUAAGGAACGGAAAUCUAAAAUAGAUAUUCAUCAGGAACCAUUUGCUCACCUAGCCCCAGAGAGCAUACCUAAUACUUUUGAAGAUGCGGUAAAUGUACUUAAGCCUUCAGCUAUAAUUGGAGUUGCAGGUGCUGGUCGACUUUUUACUCCUAAUGUAAUCAAAGCCAUGGCCUCUAUCAAUGAAAGGCCUGUAAUAUUUGCAUUAAGCAAUCCUACAGCAAAGGCUGAAUGCACAGCUGAGGAAGCAUAUACACUUACAGAGGGAAGGUGUUUGUUUGCAAGUGGCAGUCCAUUUGAGCCAGUGAAACUCAGUGACGGGCAAGUCUUUAUGCCAGGUCAAGGGAACAAUGCGUAUAUUUUUCCAGGUGUGGCUUUAGCUGUUAUUCUCAGUGGCACCCGGCAUAUUUGUGACACUGUUUUCCUAGAAGCUGCAAAGGCACUGACAGAUCAGUUGACGGAUAAAGAGCUAUCCCUAGGGAGACUUUACCCUCCACUUGCUAAUAUUCAGGAAGUUUCUGUUAACAUUGCUAUUAAAGUUAUACAAUACCUGUAUGCUAAGAAAAUGGCUUUCCGACACCCAGAGCCUGAAGACAAGGCCAAGUAUGUUAGAGAAAGACUAUGGCGAAGUGAAUAUGAGUCCCUGCUGCCAGAUGUAUACGAGUGGCCGGAAUCCUCAUCAAAGCCUCCCCAGAUAGCAGACUAGAAGCACUCCUGCUGAUGACUACUUUCCAUGCUUCAGGGAACUCCUUUUAUUCAGACAAAAAGAAAUAAUGUUCUCAAAUUUGUGGCUUUUUUCUGUGUUUUAUUCUCUCCCAACACUUUGCCUGUCUCAUUUUUGCCCAUGAAUCUACACGUCUUUUGGAGGUAGAUGUGUUGACUGUAUUGCAAAUGCCCACCACCACCCUACAAUCACAUAACCGUAAUACUUUAAUACUAACAUGUAGCCCAUACCACUUCAAAGAGAUGUUAAAAGGUGUGUUUGUGAAUGUCAUCACUUGUAUUCUUGUAUUCACUCUUUCUGAAGUAUUUGCUAUUUACCAUUAUGGUAAUAAUCUUUUCUCACCGAAUUCUUUUAGGGUUAUUAAAAUAGAAAUUCACUUUCGUGGAUGUGAGUACAAAAUUUUUAGAAGAAGCCAAAUUUGUCGAGUUUCUAAGGGAAAAUUAUUGUCAGUAUCUAAAAAUGUUCUUUCAUUUCUGCUUCAUUUUACCUCCCUCCUCUGAAGUUCCUUUAUACUAGACACAUCUAGGGAAAUAUGAAAAAUGUACCCUAUUAUUUAUUUUCUGCAACUAGAUUCAGAUAACAUUGUGAAAGAGAAAUGGGAACUGCUGCCUUUAGACGAGCAAAAGUCAUUGUUUCAACAGUGUAUAAAAAUCACAGUGUAACUUUUUUAUUUAAUAAAAGUAAUAUCAUAAAUUUAAUUGCUUUAAUCUUGCUAUUUUAUUGCCCAACUGAAAAUUUAGGCUUGCUUAUUGUGAAAAACAUAUUUUUAUUUUCUUUAGAUGAUUCUAAGGAUGGGGUACAGCUUACCUAAUGCACAAAUGAUGACUAGUGAUUUUUUUUUUUUAACAAAUCAGUCAUGUAUUUCAUAUCUGAAUGAGUCGUAUUUAACUGGAAAAGCUCUACUCGUCUUCCAACAGUGAUGUUCUUUAUUACUUGAAAUAAUUUUGGAAUGUUCCUGUGAUACAUUCCUUUGAAGACCAUUAGUUAGUGACAACUCUUUCUACAAUUUAGAGCUAAGUUAGAACGAAUGAAGUAGGUAUUCAGAAGGAAAUGCCACUUUUAAUCCCAGUGAAAUGGGUAAUUGGCUAGUGAGACCAGUUUUAAUGUGUAGCUUACAUAUUGGCGAGUUCUAACGGAAAAUCUAAAAGCGUUUUGAGAAAUAGUAGUUGCUUUUAGGGAACAAUAUUUUUAAGUGUUCAUUCUCAAAUAUUAACAAGAACAAAAAAUUAUUCAUAGUUACCUAUCAGCACACACAUUAUUUCAUUUUUCUCCCCACAGUCAUCGCUAUGUUAGAACAUGAUAUUCUGUAGGGAAAAGGGACUUCAUUUUUUUUGCUUUCAUCUUCUACCUAUAGAUAGACAUUAAUAAUAAUUCUGAAUAUAAUUUAACAUUUUAAGACUGCUCCAAAUGCUGUUGCCAUUUGAAAAUGCAGUUGGUUAAUCCAUUUAAUAGAUUA